AUGGAUGAAGAAUAUACCAGCUCCGCGGAGGCCGACCGCGAGAUGACCAGACUUUGGCGAACCUGGAGAACAGUGUUCGAAAUGCUGGCGGAUCGAGGCUACGAAGUCACAGAAGAGGAGAUCCAAAUUCCCCUCGAGGAGUUCAGACACAAGUAUUCCGAUGCCGUGGGCUAUCCUGACCGCACCAAGAUGAAAAUCAGCGCUCGCCCCACAGCGGCUAUGCAAGCCAAAUACACACCUCUGCCCACACCUGCUAACCCCGAUCCUCAACCUGAUUGCGGUACGAUUUAUGUUGAAUUCUGUGCCGAUUCGUCUGGUGUUGGUACCAAGCAAGUUCGCGCGUUCAAUCACUUCGUCGAUGAGAAUAACUUCCACACCGGAGUUUUCAUUACUCAGACCCCUAUUUCGCCAUCUGCCGUGCGCCUGCUGAGCGGCAUUCCCGGCCGUAUUUGUGAACAUUUCCAGGAGCAGGAUCUGCUAGUCAACAUCACUCGGCACGAACUAGUCCCCAAACACGUCUUGCUGAGCCCCGAGGAGAAGAAGAACCUUCUCCAAAGAUACCGACUGAAGGAGUCGCAGCUUCCCCGGAUCCAGGUCUCCGACCCUGUGGCGAGAUAUCUGGGUUUGCGACGAGGUCAGGUGGUCAAGAUUAUCCGCAAGAGUGAAACUGCCGGUCGUUAUGCCAGUUAUCGCUGGGUAAUCUAA